CUGUAUUUCGAUCGCAUGUGUCGGCUAGAAUAGUAGAAGGUCAUAGAUCUAGUUUGUACCCGAUCAUUUAAGUUUAUUUAUUGUAACAGACAUAGAGUCUAGGAAUCGAACAAAAACUGCUUCAAAAUGCUGAGAAUACUACAAAAGAGGGUUACAGCUAGCAUAUUUACACAGUCCAGCAGAUUAGCAUCAACCGGAAAAUCCGAUUCUGCAGAAAUUAACGACAAUCAAGAGGAAGAAGAAAUAUCCGCUCCCAGAAGAGCUGAAAGAGGUUUAAAUAAGGUCACGCUUUUAGGUCGAGUUGGUAGGGAUCCUGAAACCAGAGGCUCAGAAGAGCACCCUGCACUUAUUUUUCCUUUAGCAACUAAUGCUACGUACAGAAAAUCUAAUGGCGAACUUAUGACCAAGACUGACUGGCACAGGGUUUGUGUUUUUAAGCCUAGUCUCCGAGAAAAUGUUGCCACCAGAAUCAACAGAGGGGACAGAAUUCUGAUAGAGGGAUCAUUGUCAUACCAAAGAUAUUUGGAUGAUAGUAAAAGAGAACAGACCGUAACCUCAGUUAUUGCUGAUAACAUAGUGUUUCUCAGCAGAAGGGCUGUCCAGAAUGACAGUGAAGGAGAAAACUAACAUCCACAUUUACAGCUUUGUAUAGUUUUGUAUGAUUUGGUACAUAAAGGUCCAUUUUAAUUUGUAGUUCCAUUUUAUUGUGAUUGCACAAGUAUUACAUGAAGUUGCAUGCAUGGUGUUCAUUUAAAGAUAUGAUAAAAUACUACCAAGUACUUUAUUAUCUUUGUCCUCAUUUAUAAUGGAAAAAAGUGUCUGUUGGAGUAUGAAAGAUGAAUUUUUCAAAAUAAACACAAG